GAGCAAUGAUCAAAGGCUAUCAAUGAUCGGUGCCAUAGUGGGCGGUAUUCUUGGCGUGCUUGUUUUUUGCGUCGUUGCUGUUGCAGCUGUCAUCCUUUACAGAAGACGUCGCUCGCCAACAAAGGAUGCCCAAUCCACCCAUUCCUUAUCAGUGAGAACGGGAGGUGAGGUUGAUCCAGAAGUCGAGGACGACCAGAGCAAUGGCGGGUACGAAACAGAACAUGAGGAAGAUCUUGUAAGUCAAGAGACGCCAGCGGCAACGUACGAGAAUGAAGUGUCCACGUCCGUUCCGGUAGAGGAAUUCUGGGAACAUGUUCAAAACAAAAUUGCUUCCGGCGGUUUCAAGACCGAUUUCGCGAAAUUUCCAGCAGGUCUCCAUGCCAAACAUGAAGUGGCAGACCUACCACACAACAAACUCAAGAGUCGAUAUACAAAUCUUGUUGCUUAUGACCAUUCCCGUGUUGUAUUGAAUCUACAAGGACCCAAUGACAAAUCAGACUAUAUCAACGCCUGUUACAUCAACGGAUACAAAGAACCAAAAAAGUUCAUCGCCUCACAAGGACCAACUGAUCUUAUUAUAUACGACUUCAUGCGCAUGCUCUGGGAACAGGAUGUUGGGAAGGUUGUCAUGGUGACAAACUUGUCCGAAAGCACUAAGAAAAAGUGUAACCAAUAUUGGCCCAAUGAGGGGUCCACUUUGUUUGAUACCAUUGGAGUUACCCUUCUUGAUGAGGAGUUUUAUGCGAACUACACGAUUAGAACACUAGAGCUGAAUAACACCAAGGAGAAGAACAAGACAAGGAUUCUCAAACAGUUUCACUUCAAGGCUUGGCCAGAUCACGGCGUUCCGGCAGACGCCACCGAGCUUCUCGACUUCCGGGAUAAGGUUCUGAAGUACGGGUCGAAUUUAGCUGGACCAAUUGUCGUUCACUGCAGUGCUGGGAUUGGACGCACCGGGACGUUCAUAGCUCUGGACUACCUGAUAAACCAGGCUAAGGAGGAAGGCGUGGUGGAUGCACCGGCCUGUGUGAUGACUCUGAGACAGCAGCGGGUCAACAUGGUGCAGACAAAGGAGCAGUACGCGUUUCUACUCGAGGCUCUGGCAGAAGCCCUGAAACUGAGCGACAGCUCUGUUCCCUCCGUGGACUUUGCAGCCGUGUACUCUGACCUUUGCACCGUUGACCCCGAUUCUGGGCAAUCCAAGAUGGCCAAACAGUUUGAGGUCCUCCAGGAACUCUCUCAGCCCGCGGAUAAGAUGAAAAUGGAGUCAGCCAGACAUCCGGACAACAUUUCCAAGAACAGAUACAAUUGGUUUUUAGCUGCGGAUAAUAGCAGGCCAUAUCUGUCAACGCCGGUGUCUGGCUGUAACGAUUACAUUAAUGCUGUAUUCCUUCCGGUAAGUUCUUUUGUUCAGGAAGCCGUUCUUUCCCAGUGGCUUCAGGCAUGA